AUGGCCGUCCGCUCUCAAGUAAUUGAAACUGGAAACUGUAAGGCUUCUGAUCUUUAUGACCAAGUUUUUACUCCCGAUGCGUGGAAACUAAUGAUACCGGCUGCCUUAUAUACGGUCCAAAACAAUUUACAGUAUAUUGCUGUCAGUACGUUAGAUGCGGCUACAUUUCAGGUCACAUAUCAGCUUAAAAUUUUAACAACGGCAAUUUGUUCAGUUCUUAUGCUCAAAACUAUUUUGAGUCCGAUUAAAUGGUUUUCGUUAGUCUUGUUGACUUGUGGUGUUGCAUUAGUUCAAUUAAAGAUUGGAGGAGGCGAUUCAUCACAUAAUAAAGUUAUGCAAACAAGCCAAAACCUCGAGAAAGAGUCAUACGACGAUGGUGCAAAAAAAAUUGUAGGUCUAUGCGCUGUUACAGUGGCAUGUAUAAUUUCAGGAUUAGCUGGUGUAUAUUUUGAGAAAGUUCUGAAAGGUUCUCAACCCUCUAUAUGGAUUCGAAACCUCCAACUUUCAUUUUUCUCUCUCUUUCCUGCCUUGAUCUUGGGAGUAUGGUGGAAAGAUGGGUCUGCUGUAUGGGAAAAGGGUUUCUUUUUUGGAUAUAACCUUACUGUAAUUGGUGCUAUUGCAUGUCAAGCUAUUGGUGGUAUUAUUGUGGCUCUGGUUGUCAAAUACGCAGAUAAUAUUCUUAAAGGUUUCGCUACUUCAAUUUCUAUUAUUCUUUCUUUCAUCGCUUCCGUUUAUCUUUUUAAUUUCCCAGUUACUGUAACUUUCUUGAUUGGUUCUGCUAUGGUGUUAAUCGCAACAUAUAUGUAUAGUAAACCUGAUAAGCCUGAUUCUCAAAAAAAAGAUUAUCAUCCUAUUGAAGAAGAGGAAGAUAUUGGUAACGACUAUUCCAUGAAUGAAAAGGUGGACAUUACUAACAAUGGAUACGUUAAAGUUAGUGGAAAAGAUUAA